UUAGUAUUGAACUGAAGAAAACUUCAAUUUUGAGAUCAAAAAAUGGGGGAGAAGAACAAGUACAGUAUAAUUAUACCUACCUACAAUGAACGCCUCAAUAUUGCUCUCAUCAUCUACCUCGUCUUCAAGCAUCUCACGGAUGUUGAUUUUGAAAUAAUAGUAGUGGAUGAUGGAAGUCCAGAUGGCACACAGGAUAUUGUCAAACAAUUGCAGAAAGUAUAUGGAGAAGAUCGUAUUUUAUUGAGACCUCGACCUCGGAAACUUGGUCUAGGCACUGCAUAUAUUCAUGGUUUGAAGCAUGCCUCAGGCAAUUUUGUUGUUAUUAUGGAUGCGGAUCUUUCUCACCAUCCAAAAUACCUGCCAAGAUUUAUCAAGAAACAAAUGGAGACAGGUGCCAAUAUAGUUACUGGAACUCGAUAUGUUUCUAGUGGUGGUGUCCACGGAUGGAACCUUAUGCGCAAAUUGACAAGUAGGGGAGCCAAUGUCCUUGCACAGACACUACUUUGGCCGGGUGUAUCAGACUUAACUGGAUCCUUCCGGCUGUACCAGAAGUCUGCACUAGAAGACAUCAUAAGCUCUUGUGUCAGUAAAGGAUAUGUUUUUCAGAUGGAGAUGAUUGUUAGGGCUUCAAGAAAAGGUUACCGGAUUGAAGAGGUUCCAAUUACUUUCGUUGAUAGAGUAUUUGGAAGUUCCAAGCUGGGAGGAUCUGAAAUAGUGGAGUAUCUAAAGGGCCUUCUGUAUCUUCUGGUUACAACUUGAUAUGGAUACAAGCUGCAUGACCAGAGAUUCCAAAGACUUGAGUUGUUUAGCAACCCGUGACAUUCUGAAGACUUGAACUAGGACCAUAUAACAAAUUCUUUUUUCUAUUUGCUUCAGCUUAUGUAACCAAAAUUUUGAUGAAUGAGCUAUGAUGUAUUGGAAAUAGUGUUACUGGAGUAAUUUUCAAUGCUACUUUGGUUUAUUUUGUGGAUGAUGCUUUCCAUUAUUGGCUAAUACACUUGUGCAAGUUAUCUGUUA